CAUCUAAGAUAAUAUAUCUAAUGGCUGGUCCUUCUUGUAUGAACCACACUCUCAACGGAAUACUUUAUCAGGACAUGACUGAGUUCCAGAGACUAAUGAUUUACAAGAGAAUUUAUCAUCCUCAAUGGGACGCAUGCGAGGAUGAUAUCCCGACUUCGUAUAACGAGGCUAAGGAUAUGAUGGAGGAUCUAGGCCAGGUUCUAGCAACCAUGUUCAACAGCUCGAAGAUGCCGAGGAACAGGAUAUUCGGGAUAAUUGACUACAUGGUCGGAGCAGAGGAGGAUAGGAAGGAACCUAGUUGGUUACUGGAUAACAUCACCACCAUGCUCCUGUUCAGCUCGGGGAGCAUGAUCAAGCACUACCUUAUCUACCUGAACAACAAGAACUCUCUUCUUACAGUCUCAGAUAUCAUAUCCUCCAUGGUCAUCGUCUGCGAUAGAAUGGACAACGAUCUUGCCCCUAAAGGUAAGCCUGGAGUAAACAGUAUACUGGACUGGGUGUUCUCCGAGUUCCCCUCCCACAAGAAGAAUAAACUCUACUCAGACUUCUGGCAGGAGAUCAUUGACCGCUGUAAGGAAGAGGACGUGUCCGGUUGGUUUUGUUUUCUUCUUUGCUUAUUAUGUGCAAUAGGUGGAAUGAUAACUCAGUUAGGAAGUUAUCUAAGCGAGGAAGCUUUCUUUGAUGAUCCAGCUCUCCAGGAUACAGGAGCAGAGGAGUAAACCCUUCUCUCCAGGAUAUCGUAAAGUCGACUCAAAUAUAUUUACAUUUAUCUAUCUUUAAUUUAUUACACUUUAAGAUGUAUAGGAACCAUUAGUUUUAACAGAAAAAUGGGCGGAAAAAAUCAAAAUUAUUAAGAUGUAAAUAUUUGUGUUUAUUAACUGUUAUUACUUGAAUACUUUUGACUUUACGAAGAAAAUUUAUAAUGUUAUGUAAUCUCAAUAUUAACCUCCUCCUUGAUCCAAUGCUAAAAAUGUAAACACAACACUUAAAAUGAAUUAAAUGUAAAUAUUGUUGUAAUUAAAAUAUAAAAUUAUAAAAUGAAAUAAGUGUUUUAUAGGAUAAAUCUCCUCGUUCCUUGAAGAGUUAUAUUAAGUGAAAGUUAACAUGAAAUAAAGGUUGAAUUGAAAAUA